AUGGCUGUCAAAAGAAAAAAUGCAAAUAUCGAACCAACGUUUGACAUGAAAACUAUGUUUUUAGAUCAUUUGACUACAGUACUGCAUGAAAAACCAAACAAUAGCUUUAUUCUCAGCAAAGACAAAUACAUUGCUAUUAUAGAGGACGUUAAACAGGCUAAAGCAAAGCAGACAAAAAAAACUGUUGACUAUCGUCGACUAAACAAAUAUGAUGUUAUUGAAGUUGACGUUAAAGAAAAACUUAUUGUACCACUAACAGAAGACAAUGGUGCUAUUUUGUACUAUGUGCACUCAGAAGAGUUGUUCGACUUGAUCAAUGAAACUCACUUGAAAAUCGGACAUGGAGGUCGCACAAGGAUGGAAAAAGAGCUCAAGAGAAAGUACAAAAAUAUCACCAAAGAAAUCAUCACUAUGUAUCUUCGGUUGUGCAAGCCUUGUCAGACAAAAUUGUCUAAUCCCAAGAAAGGUCUUGUUUCCAAACCUUUGAUAUUUAAAGAAUUUAACUCAAGAUGCCAAGUAGAUCUUAUUGAUAUGCAAAGUAACCCAGACGGCAAAUACAAGUUUAUACUCAGUUACCAGGAUCAUUUAACCAAGUUCAUAUUGUUGCGAGCUUUGGAAACCAAAAGAGCAGAAGAAGCUGCUUACCAGCUGCUGGAUAUCUUCACGACUAUUGGUGCCCCAAGUGUGCUUCAAUCAGAUAAUGGAAGAGAAUUUGUGAAUCAACUUAUUAUAGGAUGA